AUGAGCGACUCCUACUGCCCCGACUGCAAGAAGCAGACGGAGGUGGCAUUCGACCACUCGGCGGGGGACACGGUGUGCACCGAGUCCGGCCUCGUCCUCGAGGCGCACUCCGUCGACGAGACCUCCGAGUGGCGUACCUUCGCCAACGAGUCCAACGACAACGACCCUGUCCGCGUCGGCGGCCCCUCCAACCCGCUCCUCACCGACGGCGGCCUCUCCACCGUCAUCGCCAAGCCCAACGGCGCCCAGGGCGACUUCCUCUCCUCCUCCCUCGGAAGGUGGCAGAACCGCGGCUCCAACCCCGACCGAUCCCUCAUUCUCGCCUUCCGCACCAUCGCCAACAUGGCUGACAGGUACGCCUCUCCGAAACUCCCUUUCUUACGCUACAGCUUCGAUCUGGUUCUAUCCAAGUAUGUAGUAGUUUGUGCUGAUUUCUAGGAUAUACUGUGCCGCGUGCUUGUUCGCCUGAUUUUGGGUCUGGGACGAUGGAUUUAGGUGAGGAAUGUGACAUGGGGUUUCAGGGUUGGUUAUCACC